GCCCCUCGUCUGGGAAGACGACGUGGACUGGCCCAAUGGGAAGCGCCCGGGCCGAGGGCUCAGGCCCAGGCUGGCAGGGGGCCUGCGUGCUGGCCACAGCCCUGCUCUGGCUGUGCCCACUGUUGCUUCGUGCUGAGCCUGAGGGAACUGCUGCGGAUGUGUGUGGGAAGCCAGCAGUAACUGGGAAGAUCUUUGGUGGCCAGAAUGCACCGGACCGUCGGUGGCCAUGGCAGGCCAGCCUACUCUACCACGGCAAGCACAUCUGUGGAGCUGCCCUCAUAGAUGCCUACUGGGUGAUCUCAGCUGCCCACUGCUUCCAAAAGUCCCAUGAACCAUCUGACUACCAGGUCCUGCUAGGGUACCAUCAGCUCCAACAUCCCACUGAGCAUAGCCGGCAGAUGACAGUGUAUCGAGUCAUUGUUCACAAUGACUUUAACAAGCGCUACUACAUGGGCAGUGACAUCGCUCUGUUGCAACUGCAUCUAUCUGUGAACUUUACUUCUCACAUCCUCCCUGCCUGCCUGCCGGGGCCUACCAUGAAGCUGCCCCUUCACAGCAGCUGCUGGAUAACUGGCUGGGGGAUGAUCACUGAGGAUGAUUUCCUGGCUGCACCAUUUCAGCUGCAGGAGGGAGAGGUUGGCAUCAUUGACAGUGAGGUCUGUAAAAUGUAUUUCCAAUCGCCAGACUCCAGCAGCAGUGAAUAUUCUAUACACGAGGAUAUGUUUUGUGCUGGGGACCUCAUGACAGGAAAGUCCAUCUGCAGAGGAGAUUCUGGAGGCCCCUUGGUCUGCAAGCUGAAUGGUGGCACUUGGUUUCUGAUGGGGCUGUCUAGCUGGAGCCAGGCCUGCCGCUAUCCCAUAGGCCCCAGCGUCUUCACCAGGCUCACCUACUUUUCCCACUGGAUCAGUGAGAAGCGGAGCACCUUGCCCAAUCCUGAUCCUUCUUUUGCUCCUUCUCAGGACAAACCUCCUAUUUUGAGUGACUUUUCUUCUCUGGGCACUGUCCACAAGCCCAGCACCUGCAUAACCCUUGUGUCUUUACAGACCUUCCUCCUACUGCUGAUUUUCCUAAGGAUUCUGUGACAGACCCUGUGAUGCCCCUCCUGGCCCUCCCCAACAAGCUUGUUUGCAUUAAUGCCAACAGGCUCUACAUUCUUCUUAAAUGUGUCCAUCUCUGAGCAAUCCUGUCCAUCUGAAGCUUACUCCAGGCCUGAUAAAAUUUUAAAAAAUAUAUUAAAGAAGCUUCCUGCUCCUGUU